UUUGUUCUUUAUAUUAUAUGGAUGCGUAAAAACCGGUCAUUAGGCACACAAUAACAUUCACCCUUUGUCAAUCAAUCAACUUAAUACGGUCCAAUUAAUUAUUUUAACGCUCACAUGAAAAAUGAACGCGUCAUUAAUUUUCGUUGCUCGUAUUUUUACAGAAAUUUGUUCCCUGCGAUGUACAUUUUAAAUCAAUCUCGUGAAUCUCGCCUUUCAGUUCGCAUUGGAAGUCAAAAUUGAUCGCCAGUUUCACGUUUCAGCUAGUAUGCAAAUAUUUGCUACUGUUAAAGCCUCGAGAGACUAGAGAAGUUCCAAAUGUGUGAGUUUUAUCGCUUAAAAAAACGAUUUUGUCAGUAAAAUUCACGUUAUAUUUCAUUCACUUCAUGACUAUGAGUACCCGUAAUUAUUUACAUUCUAUCAUUAAAAUUUCUCAACUGUCAUUGUGUUGACGUAUCCAUAAACAAAACAUUUGUAAUGACAACCUUCGUUGUUGAAAAAUCUUAUUCAUUUGAAUCAAUAAUGCUUAUUGCGCCGUGUGGAAUCGGGGCGCUGGGGGGUGUGGAAGUUCUGGACGGCGGGCUGGUGGGCGGCGAGCUGACGGCGCACGUGCUGAGCGCGCAGGCCGCCGCUCACGCCGCCGCCACCGCCGCCGCCGCUGCGCAUCAGCAGCACCAGCAGCAACAGAUAGCUGUGCAGCAAAUCAAGACUUCCCCGUCAUCGGGCCGCUCCACCCCGGUGACGGCCACUAACACAGCACCAGCCCCACCAAGCUCCUCACCGUCACCGAGCAAGCUCUUCGUGGGUGGCCUCAGCUGGCAGACCAGCUCUGAGAAGCUGAGAGAAUACUUUGCCAUGUUUGGACCUGUUACUGACGUCCUCAUUAUGAAGGAUCCUGUCACACAGAGGUCGCGCGGCUUCGGCUUCAUCACGUUCCAGGAGGCGGCGUCCGUGGACAAGGUGCUGGCCGUGCCCGUGCACACGCUGGACGGGAAGCGCAUCGACCCCAAGCACGCCACGCCCAAGUCCGCGCCGCGCCCCGCCAAGACCAAGAAGAUCUUCGUUGGCGGCGUCGGCCAGGACACCUCCGCCGAGGAGGUGCGCUCGUACUUCUCGCAGUUCGGGCUCGUCGAGGACGCCGUCAUGCUCAUGGACCAGCAGACCAAGCGCCACCGCGGCUUCGGCUUCGUCACCUUCCACUCGGAGGAGGCCGUGGAGCGCGUGUGCGACAUCCACUUCCACACCAUCAAGAACAAGAAGGUGGAGUGCAAGCGCGCGCAGCCCAAGGAGGCGGUGGCGGCGGCGCCGCUGGCGCUGGGCAAGCGGCUGGUGCUGCGGCCGGGGCGCGGGCUGGUGUACGGCGGCGUGGGCGCGGUGCCGGCGGCGCACGCGUACCGCUACGCGCCCUACGCGCUGCCGGGCGCGGCGGCGGCGGCCACGGCGCUGGUGGCGCCGCCGCAGCCCGCGCCGCAGCCCGCGCUGCCGCAGUUCGGCGCCGCCUACUCGCUGGCGGGCGUGGACAUGUCCUCCUUCCAGGGCGUGGACUGGGGCGCCAUGUAUGGCCUGCCCAUGUACAUCUAGGCGCGACCCGACCUCGACGGCCCGUUUUGUUUCUUACGAUAGAGUUCCUACGUACUAUUUUUUUGGAUUAAGGUGUUUGUCUUGCCGCGUACUCGCAGUGGCCACAAGAGGGAAUGAUCAGUAUUCGAACGUAGUUAAGGUGUUUAUUGGCUCAUUAAACUUAGUGUAAGGCAGUUACAAGCAAUACUUUGCCCGCUACGGGCGUCAAAGAGAACGCAUUUCAUUUUUAAUUAAAAACGUUAAUUUAUUAAGGCGAUCCCCAACGGGUACGCUCGAACGGGAAACGACCGACGCUCGCGUGUUGGUCUCGCGUGCUGCUUGACCGUCCACUCGAUACGUUUAAGUUUUAGUUUUACGAUUCGUAAGGAUAUUUUGAUUUGCUCGAGUGAACUGUCAAGCAUGAACUCGACCAAUCGAGAUGGCGUCCUCUCUUUUCGAAUGUUCGCGUCGUUGCGUGUCCCCUUAACGUUAAAUAUUAAGGCGAAGAUCUCAAAUAAUUUAGUUGCGAUAAAAAACUAAUUUUUUUCUUAUAUUUUGUCUUUGAUAUUUUGUAAUUUAGUGGUAGACAUAGUGCACGUUUGUUUGGCAAUACAUUAACCUGAUAAUUAUUUAUGAUGACUUGACUGUAUUUUUAUGAAUCUCAUUCGCAGCUGUAUUUUUUUAAUGAUAAAACAUAAGAAUUAAUAUAUAUACAUACGCGGUAAGAGUGACGCUGUGUGACUGCGCUGUUGUUUCGAUUUAAAAUGUAUAAAAAAAAGUUUCACCUACUUUCAAAUUUUGAAAUUCAAAUUUUAAAUUAGAAAUUGGAUAUUUCUCAUCUUGUAAUGUGAUACGGAUAUGUAGAUAAAGAUUUAGGCUAAUUACAUACGAGUCUCAAAGUGUACGUUUAAAGGAAAUGGUAGGUAUGACGUCAGUAUUAUUGUAAACGGUGCCAUUUCAUUAAGGAAUCUACGUUUGUGCCAAAUUUCGCUCAGUUUCGCGUUUAAUGAUUAUUUCUUUAGUUCCUCGCUUGUACUUAAAAUUUUCAGUAUUUCACAAUUUCUUUCAAUUCACUCAAAACGCGAUAAACGCCGACGUCCAGGGCUGGUCCCUGCGUCAUCAUGACGUCGUAACGCCUGCGGCUACGUCACUCCGCUACGUCAUAAGUGCUACGUCUUAAGCGCUACGUCACACGGCGUCGACCGCCCUGCUCACGACUCCCAUACAUAUCUGACGAGCGGAAAGCAAUCUCAUUCUACAAUAGUAUUAUAUAUUGACAUACGUAGUUAUAGUACUCGCGUGGAUUUGAUGGCAAUUGGUAAACAUCUAAUAAUAACCUGAAACCUCACGUAAGUAAGGUGCUUUGCACACGAUGCCUCAACGUACGCGACAAAAUCCUAUGAGUUUGUAUGGCUUUAUUCACUUGCCGAGUAAAGUUAUUGUCAAAAGAUCUUACCGAAUAUAUAAAAGUGAAAAAGAGUGUCUGCAAACGGCUCUACGUAUUCCACUGUUCUCAAAGUCAAGCAAUAAUAUAAACAGCUCCAUAUAUUUUAGUGUUAUUCCUGUAUCUCUCUAGCAACUGUAAUUUGUCAAUUGUGUGAAAGAGAUACGACUAAUGUUUGUUAAACCAAAGAACUCAUUAUGAAAACUUUAGAUUUAAAAGAUCGUACUAAAAGUUUAAAUUCGUUUGUAUUGUCAUUUAUAAACAAGUCAUAGCAAGAAUCACCAGAUUCUCCCUCCAAUUGAGUCACCAAACAUCCGCUGUGCAAAACUCAUGAGGUUUCUUUCGCACAUCUUGGAGACUAAAGUCUGCCAAUAUCGGCAACUUUUGUUGACCUGUGUAUGAAGAGCCUUAACAAACGUGGGAGUAGUAUUAAAUCAACUUGAUAUUUGUCUUGCCAAAUGCCAUGAAAACCGCUUCGAGUAAAUUAGUUUACAUAAUAUUAAUAUUAGUUUAGCGUGUAUGAGCGUGUGGACUAACACCCUGUGUACCGUGACAAUAAGCUAAGUAUAUAAGCCGCUGUAGAUUGUCAUGGCCGCGCGGCCUCGCCCGCCGAUCUCCUAUUACUCUCUAUAUUUACAUUUUAGAAGUAUGUCUGUUGAGUUCGAAUUUUACAAUUUUGGCACCGCGUUGGGCGCCAGAUAUCCGGAGAAACUGUGUUACGAAUUUGUAAGGGUUUUUGUAUUGUUGAAGCAAUUGAUAAAUAACUAUAGUGCAUCGGUGACCUAAUAGAUAUGUAAUCCGAACUUUAAAAACUUGUAACGGAGAGUAAGAAAUGUUCUUUCUUUUUUUUUGUACUUAUUCAAGUACUUAUUAUACACAUCUUGCCUGAAAAGAAUAAAAAAAAAUAAGUACCGUGUCGUACCGUACUUAAAAUAUCAUCGCGUACUUAAAUAUAAAUAAUAAAUAGUGUGAAAAAAAAAUAAAAAAAAAAUAAUUUUCCGAUCCUGCACAAAAAACAUCGAGAUACAGCAUCAAGCGAAAGAAAAGUCAUACCAUAGUGUGCACAAACAGAUCGGAAAACGUCCACCAUGGUUACAAAAUCGUUACACACCAGUUUCGUCGGAUAUCAACCCAUUUCGUCCUUUUCUAGAAAGUACUUAAUUUAUCAAUCGUAGAGUUAGAUCCAAAAGCAAUACACAUUAUGUGAUUAGUGAGUGUAAAAGACAAUGAUGGUUGUGUUCGUGCAAUUCCUAGUUAUAAGCGGCAGGACAUAGUCCCACACCCAGCAGUAUUACAGCAGGCACUGGUUUUUACCAAUUUACAACUUGUCUUUUGAUAAUCAAAAAGUUCCUUUAAUUAAUUCGAAAUUUUACACCCCACCUAGUAGUAGUUCGAUUCUAUUCGAUUAUUUCCUACCGAUGGAAAUGUUUCAUAAUCAGUAUUAUUAAAUUUGAAAUUUAAAGUAAAAUGUUCAUUUUGAUACAGUAUUUCCUAUUGGGAAACAAUUAUUCCGAUAUAGGAUGAUGACACUGACAAUACUCCGAAAUUAAUUAUAGAUAAAAAAAGAUAUCAUGACAUGGGAAUAUUUCCGUUUGACGUCUAUUACUAAAGUACUUAACUUUAUAUUUAUAUUAGUAUAGUUUGGGGCCGGGCGAGGCCGCGCGGCAAGCGUAGUGCAGUAUGCAUGGUAGCUUGGUCGGCUACAUUUCCGCCAGCUGACGCACCUGUUAUCGAGGCGUGUGGAACACGAUACAAUACUUACAACCCAUCGAAUAUCGAGGAAAAGUUAUAAAAAACCAUCAUACUCAAUUUAAAUCAAAUGUUAUAAUGCUAAGUCCAUCUUCGUUUGAAUGAAAGAGAUAGCGUUAUCUGUCUGUAUAGCGUUAACCUUGUCAUUUGAACGAUCACGGACGUAAUACAAAACGUUUUUAAAAAUACCGUUGAUUUUAACAAGCAGAUUUUAAUUCAUCAGAAUCUUUUUUAAAUUAAUUUUAAUAAGUGAAGCUGUGUUGCUACAAUAUUACACUUUAAUCUAUGAUGCUAAAGCAAUAUAUAUUUUUUAAACAAUAGAGCCAAACGCUCUUGCAUAUAACAAGAACUUAUGCAAUCAUAUAUUUUAAACUUUAAUAAAAAUACAGUCUUAAAAUUUGAAAUAACAAUUUGUAUAACUUUCUCCCUCACACACAACACACGUGUCCACGCGUCUCAGGUACCUAUGCUAUGAUAUUCACAUAUGUAUACACAUACCUACCCUUAUUUUAGCAGUAUUUUAGCAUAAGUAGGUUAGAACCUCCUGAGAUUAUUGGCGGGCGCGCUUUUGUUCCCAAACUUUACAAAAACUUUUGUAAUUCCCGACCAGUGAGAUUUGUCGUCCAGUUUUAUUUUAGCUUUAUUUAUGUACUUAAUGUAUCAAGGCAGCUUUUAUUGAUAUUAUUGUGUAUUUUAAUACUUGGUGUAUCGGCAAUGUGUAACUCUUUGGCAUAUUACUUCUGCUAAUAAAAUUGACAGCUUUCUCAACAAUAGUCUGUUUUCAAAAAUAGACUUUUCUGUACGAAUUUUGUCUGAUGAAGAUAAUUUUUGUACGGUAAGGGCCAUUUUUAAGGAGCUGACUAUGGCUUUGAUGACGAAAGUUGAUCAAUUUUAUUGUCAGAAGUGGUAUUCAAUAUGUGAGCAACAGCGAAUUUGCUUAAGCAACGCGUCAGUGAUUACGCUGUCGAAAAUGACAUUUUAACUUGGAAAGUGGUAUUUUUGUCACUGAGGUCACUGUUACGUUUCUUUUGCAAGUCAGCUGAUAUCGCUGUGUGCAUUUUCCUUACACCUAGUAUAAGAUACGGUGGUUUUAUUUGUAAUAUUAGUUUGGAAAGCGCGCUCUGCCGUUUCACCUAUAAACUACACCUUCUGUACAUUAACGAUCGUUUUCCUGACAGUAUUAGAAUGUUUGACUUGUGAUGUCAGCCGCCGCGUGCUUCGUAUCUUGCCAAAUUAGAUGGAGGGCGGCAGUGUGGGGGCGAGGGGGACAAAUGCGCCAGUAAACAGUGAUUUUGUGCAGUAAUUUCAAGUUUUUCAAAAAAAAUGUUGUAAUUGAGGGUAUUUGAUUAGUUUUCGGCCUAAAACUUAUAUUUCUAGUCUGGACUUCAAAUGAUAAACUCUGUGCUAAUGCUGGGUAAAUAGAAACGAUGUCACUAGUGUUGCCUGCAUGCAGACGUAGUGGUUGAGGUCGCGCUCCCCCGCGCCCCGCUCAUGUUGUAAUGUACUUAACUUUGUUGUUUUCAUAUAUUGUACUGUUCCAAGUCCCGACACUUGGCGCGGCGGCCGCCCGCGGUGACGUCACGGCUGCGCCCGCGCGCGUGACGUCAUCGCCCGCGCCGCCGCCGCUGUAGGCUUAGUCGUAGUUCUAGAAGGAGUUUGCCCGCUGUAAGGAGCACCUAGUAAUACCUGAUGUUUCAUUACAUGGAUAUAAUAUUAGAAAUUAAAAUUGUGUGUUUUAUUUAGCGUGGGACUUCCUGCUGGGUUUGGUUUGUUGUAUUUUACACUACUUUUUUAUCUUUCUAGAUAGUUUGCACGUUAAACUUGUAGUAUUUAGUUAUAGGGUUGCCAUCUACACUUUUGGCUUUAAAACUGUGAUUUAACUACAUUUAAUAUUAGGGUGGACCCGACUACAGAGGCACUAAUGAUCAAAAUUGUAACAUUUCUACUAAAAAGUUGGCAACCCUAAGUGUGAAAAGGUCAUGAUCAUUGCCCCGCGGUGGGCGCCAAAGAGAGCGCAGUCUGUAUAGGAGGGUGGGACAGACCGGACGUAUGGUAAGUCGUAACGCUCGCCAGGCAUGCGUAUAACAAUGUAAAUGAUAGUGUUACGGCGUAGAGUCGCGCGCGACUUCGCACUCGAGACUAACACAACACUUCCCGGAGAGACUCGAGGGCGCCGCGCGCGUCCGACUGGCGAGUGGCCACGAGUCGCCGCCAGUCGCCAGCGCGCGGCGCCCGGCAUGAAUGGCAUGAAUGAAUACGUAAACAAAAUCUUAUCUUCCAUACAAUAUACUUCACUGUCAAUUUAUUAAGGCGUUAGCCACACGUUGGUUGUGAUGCGUGCUAUUCAAAAUAUUCCUUUUAAAGUCUACCUCUAAAAGGAAUAUUGUAUACGUAGACACGUAGUUUAGACCUUUAGACGCUUCGCUUCGGGCCACAGGUCUUCCUGAAAUAACAAUUGUUUUGCCAAAACAAAUACAGGCCAAAAUGUAGCCAAAAAUGAUUGAUUUUGCUCAAGGUACGCGUCGCGUCGCAGUCUGCCCACGAGAAGUAGUUUGCGCGAGCCGAGGACUGCGGCCGGGGACGGGAUCAUUAAUAUUUUGCCAAAACAAAGCAAGUACGCCAGUGUAGCUUAAGAUUGUGACAAUAAUAAGAUGGGACGUUGCCAACUAAGACGCUAAAACUAUUUAAUCACUUCGUUGCCAUAUACGUGAAUACAUUCCUCUCUAGUCAUUUUUUUAUAUUAUUAUUUUCCUUAAAAUUUGGCGGGAACCUGAAUACAGAGUCUUAUCUUGCUCAAUACUUAUUCUUGCCUAGUUGUAGUUAAUUUCUAUUGAUAAUAAGCUUGACGCAGUAGUGAUGUGCCAUACACGAGAUAUGCCAUAGCACGCAAACGAUAAACUAGUGAUGUGCUUGUUCGCUCCAGGCUCACUGGACCAAAAUGUAAACAGCAUUCGAAAAAAAAAUAUUAUAUAUUCUUAAUUAUGUAAGAUUACUAAGAUAUACAUAAAUAUACAAUUUUUGGAUUGGUAUAAUGUUAAAUUGAACAUAAAAAUACUAUGUUGUGUGUUUUUAAUGUAUGGCAAUGCUAGAGUAGUGUUGUAGCGUAGACAUUUUGAAGUUUUACAUACAUAUGAUAAAUAAAUAUGACUAACCGAAAGCAAUAACAUUAAUAUUACUACAGCACGCGCGCGCUGCACCUUGCACGUGACGGUAGACGGACUCGGUUUGUGACGCCCGUGUGCGCGUCGAUGGGCACGCGAGGACGUGAGGACGUGACUCCCACACUUGAUGAACCAGCUCUAAGAGAGCAAAGGCAUCAUCGACGCGACACACAUCAAUAUAAUUUAAUGCACUCGACUAAGUGAAGACAGGGCACGGCAGCGCGCGCAAAAUGUUAGAUUUAUUAUAAUUAUACACACAUGCAUACAAAUACAAAUAUUUUUGUAUAAUAGGUAUCUGUGUAAUCGUAGCGUGUUGGUUAUCUUGUAUUUUUAAAUGGUUUGCGGCGGUGAGGGUAGUCUUGUUUUCGUGACGUCACAGUCUAUCAAUCGAAUUCAAAAGCAACAUCUAGAUGCCUUUUUAACUUAAUUACCCAAAGAGACACUGACAAAGGUUUCAUAGCUGCGGGAAAAUUGGAAUUUUCUAAUUAAAAGUAAUGUCAAUUCGCUGGGUCUUAGGAGACCUAAAAUAUAGCUACAUUUAAAACGUAAUUGGAAAGGUAUUUUCUUACCUUUAAAGAGAAUUGACAAAGUUUGCUCAGUUCUCGGUCUUCCAGUAAUUAAAUGAUCCCAACUCCCGAAUGAAAUCUAAUGUCUAUCUGUGUUAUAAAAUUAUUACCAGCAACCAAGUUCAAUGGCGACACCAACAUCUAUUGUUACUAGACCAAAACCAUCCCAAAUAUUUAAAGGAUAAAUCGCGACUGAUAUCUGUGACGUCAUUGUUGGGCCUUCCCGCCUCCGCUGUGAGCCGAUAUAAUUACAUUGUUAUAAUAAGCGACAGUAUGUGACGCAGUGUUUAUUGUGUAGGGCGCCAGCGCCGACGCUUGACGGCGUGCGGCCACACUCCUUGUGUUUUCCAUAUUGUAGCGUGGCGUGUCCACGGGGGCUCGUCAAACUAAAUAAAUAAUACAAUUAAUGUAUUAUUUGAGGAAUUUAUUUUAAUUAUAUUCUUAUAUAAAUAAGGCACUAAAGUAACGGCAUGUUUGUAAAAAUGAACUUUGAUGAUUAACGACACGCCACGAAAUAAUAUCGUUCGAAAACUAAGCGGCACUAACAUAUUAGCGUCAAUCCGCGUAGUCAUGUCAACAUUCCUUUAUGUAUAUUUUUGAAAGAAUUAUUGCAUUUUAUUUAUUAUGGUAGUUUUAAAAAACAUAGUUUAUCAUAGUCGAUUUAGUGAUGGGCUGUUUUUUUAUUUUACGUAUCCACCGGCUAAUUGAGGUUUCCUUGUUUCUGCCACUAGAUGUCACCCCUGUGGUGUAGCGUUUGUUUUCACGUAGUUAAGUCUAGUAUGAAUUUGUAUUGAGUAUUCGAUUCGUUUAUCAACUUACAUGUUUUGGCCUAAUUUUAAAAUAUAAGGUAGACAAAUAAUUGAGCAAUAAGUAAAGUAAGAUAUUUUGUGAUAUCGCUUGACGCACGGCGCGACAUCUAGCGGCACGCUGAGGGAGCUCUCGUAUUGUAUGUACAUUGGAGGUGCCCCGUAGUUACGGUUGGGUUUGGUUGGGUAUGUAGCUGCGUAGAUAUACGUCAGUCUACGGUCCCCGAGCAUAGAGUGGUGUAAUGUCUAUGCGCAGGGAGUAAGCUUUGCCGCAAGGAGUAUUAUUAAUGAAUGUUUUGUAUAAUUAAUGUAGAUUAUUAUUUGGAUACGUUCCUAGGCAAUAGUCGGGCUCUCUAGCGCCCCCUAGCUAGUGGACGCAGUAGUGCGCCGGCCGCGCGCCUCCUUCAGCUAUUAACAAUAUUAUGGUUCAUCUUCACUUAGAGACAAGUAUUAGAGAAAACCUAAUAAAAAUGGUAACACAAAACACAGCUGUUCUUUCAUUUAUCCGCUUUUUCGUUAGUUUUCGUACCUCUUCGUUAGUUAAAACAUUAGUUUGGAAAAGAAUAUUUUUUUAUUGAGACUCGUAGUCUUAGAGCUUUCGGGCCCAUGUUGGGUGCCAGUACGAAUUUUCUUAGACGAUCUACCCCCAGUCAGUAGUAUUAGAAAUAUUUUGGAGAUCAGAGACUAUGGUUGGACAUAGAUGCAUGAAGUCAUACGGAGCAGUGUGUAGCGGUGGAGUGUGCAUGCCUCGGUGUCUACGGAGCGCCGCCGCCCGCGAGAAGACGAAGACCACUUUCAUUUUAUCAACGGUGAGGCAAUACUGACGUUGGUGCAAUGUCUUGUCACUGUAGAAGUCACUCGGACUGUGCUAACUGGUACAACACAACCUGUCUCCUGUAGACUCAAGCAGGACAUAGCCAUUACACUGACAAGACAUAGGCUACCAUUUAAAGAUACUGACGGCAUGGCAUUAAAAAUACUAGAAGGGGUGAGCAGUUGGUUUCUCGUCAGUCUUUUGAUAACAUAAUAUACCUUACAUGUAACUCACUAACUCUGCAGUUCUUCUCUAUAUCACACAUUAACAUGAACACAGUACAUUAAAACAUCGCCGGUAGUGCAGCAGCGCCCAUGGCGGCCGCGACCAGCAACCAACUGCUUCACGGGAACGAGUACAGAAAUCAGUAUUGUCAUUCACAUUACAUACCAAAUCUGCUGUUGAAAAUACCGCUUAGUUUUAUUUCUAGUACCCAUCUCCAGUAAAGUGCAUCCCAGUAAUUAGUUAAGUAGAAACAUAGACGUGGUACGACCGGUGCUGGGUUAUUUAUUAAGUCAGAUUCGUAGUUUUAGUUGAAUGGUCGAAUCGAGAAUAAUAAUUUGAUUGUGAUGUAUAAACUCCAUGGGAGACGCUUUUGAGAUUUUUCCAUUUUUCAAUAAGUAGAACUUAGAGGUUUUUUUGUAGUUUUAGAAGGAAAAGUCAUAUCAACAGAGAGACACUAAAGACACAAUCGUUUUGUGCCUUAAUAGUUUGUUUUAUUAAUAUUUGCUUUGGAAACUAGAAACUUUUAGAAUACGGACCAAAAGUUCAAUUAGUUUGGAAAUAUAAAUGAAUAAAUAACAUAUUUUUUGUACAAUUUACUUUUCCGUUGAAAAUGUUAACGAGGGAAUUUUUGAAACGACUUAGCUGUCUCGUAGUGUAUUGAAUAGAAGACAAAAUGUAAACGAGUUAUACAAUGAUCGUAGGUAUCCCGUUUUGUAGUAGUACAAAGUAAUUUAAGUAUUUUGUAUCUGCAUAAUGUUAAAAAGUCUUCCUUGAUAAAACAUAGACUGAAAAUUAGUGACCCGUGUAAUGUUUCUUUUGAGAUCCCGUUUCGCUGGGAUGCACUAGAAUUUAUUAACAUAUUAUGUGAAGGGCACUUAUUUAGAUCUUUUAAACGUAUUCCUUUAUAAUAUUUUAAAUCCCACGUAAAUUUGAAUUAAAAGCUGACAUGUUACCUAUCAAAAUUUGCCACGCGCGCCAUAUUGACAAUAUUUUUUUUAAUUGUAAGACAUUUUCACAUACAGCCAAACUUGCAAAGGGUCUGAAAAAGUGCUUUUUUGUAUACCCGAGAGUGUUGAUAGUUCUCUCAUAGUAGAUAAAGUGUUCAGUAGAAAUAAACCCCAGUAAGUACAAUGAAUCUGUACGGAGAGUGCCUAUGUGUGACAAUAUUCACAUCACACUUGUUUUCUUCCAUAUUAGUCUAUGGUCACUUACGAUAUACGAGUACUAACGUAUGAAUUGAUAGAUUGAUCAUCUUGUUCGGAAAACUGUUGGAAUCUUCAUCUGUGAUACUCUGGUAGUGCGUAGAUAUCCAUUUGAAUUGUUGUUCGGUUCCGUAAGUACUAACCGAGAAAAAUCGAUUAAAAUUGAAUAAAUUCUCAAAGGCCUUUCUAGAUAAACUACCCACAAGAGUUUUCCGAACAAGAUGUCCGUGACCAAUAAAGGAACACAAAGUAAUUUAUUUUGUAAAUCGCAUUUAGUUUGGUUUACCUAAAUAGUCUAGUCGAGACAGAAAAUUGUUAAAGUUUUGUUUUUUUUUUGGACUUCUAUCGAUAGAUUAGGUAAUGUUUUCUUUCACUCGCACUUUUAUGACUCGUAGCAUAUGUGUGAUGACGUCACACGCAACUGUCAAAGCAUUCCAACAUUUUGUCACAAACUGCAAGAAAGAGUCUUAAAAGCGCUGAGAUAGUUGUUUCUAAAAACUUUGUACAUAAUUAUUUAGAAGUAAGAAUUGUUACGGAAAUAUAACGUGUGGUGUAUUUUAUUCAUGUACUGAAGUUAUGUGUUUAGGGUGGUUUAGAUAAUUAGCUAUGUCUAUCUCUUUCUCUCGUUUGAAUCUAUCGAUUUGGAAGUAGAAUAUCAAUUAUUAUCCUCUUAAGUACACGAUUUGGUUUAGUGGACUAAUUUAUAAGAUUGGCAAGACAAUAUGAGAAGUUGAACGGUCUAAAAUGUUGUCUUCUUGUGAAAAUAAAAACAACUCUCUUAAGUGGAAUCAUUGAUAACAGCUAAAACAUUGAUUGCAGCUUGACUGGACUGGUUCUACAUUUUUUUAAAGACUCUUGGUCCCUAAUUGACCUUAUUCGGGCAUUUGGCAAUGAUUAGUCCACUAGCCCAGUCUAGUGAUUGAAUCUUAUAAACAUAACAAAAGUGCCCACGAAUUUGUAAAACGUAAGGUCAUUGUUCUAUUUACAUUCAUUAGGCAAGUAGUUCGUGAUUUGUAAUUUAUCCAGUGGACGGAAUGUAUAGAUUUUUUACUAUCUUACAUUUUGAGAUUUCGGAAUAUUCCGUAUAAGCUGUGGUCGUUUCGAAGAACAGAAUAAAAAAAAAGAUAAACGUCAAAUUUGAAUGUUAAAGUAAAUAUUGGUGUUGUUAAUGUGUGUGUUAUUUAAAUACAUGUAUGUUUUAUGAUUGAAACAUUGUUCAAUUAUAAAGGUAAUAAAAUAAUUGAUUCGUGGGUCAAUAAUACCCAAACGUAGCACCAAAUAUAUCUGUGAGUCACUUCAAAGCGAUCACAGCGCAGUAUUACUAUCGUAAAUACCCUAGUCAUUGUAGUUUUUUAAUUGAGAAGAGGAAUAUAUAAUAUGUACGGAAAGUUCAUGCUUUUAAUAUAUUUAUUCUAAUUAUUUACUGGCAGCCGGCGCAAGCCGGUGCGCCGACGACGCGGUUUGAACGAAAACGUUUCAUUAAUAAAUGGUUUAAAUUCA